GGUCCUUGGAGACGAGUGGCGGAAUGCGACUUCACGAGACACGAUACACGGACAAGACAAGACAACUAAGAGAAGACAGCUAACUAAGACGAGACACGACAGCCAGCUGCGAGUAAACCUGUGACAUUUAUGGACGGAGUCCUCGUCGUCGCUUUGAUGUGAAGAUGGGAUGUGGAAACUCCACCAACACGGCGGCGGUGCAGCCUCUGACCCCGGAGGAGCUGAACGGAGACGAGGAUGAGAUGGGAAGUAAACUCGGCGGCCGCGGAGACUCGGCCGUGUCGAAAGGAACCGCAGACAGCGGGGUGGUGAUGGAGAACAGAGAGAUCCCCGCGUUACCUGGAGCGGUGCCCACGCAGCUCCCUCCUCUAACAUCUGGGUCAUCCGUCAGACAAGGUGAGGUGAACAGAAUCACACAAGACGACUUGCUGCAGCGCGAUGGCACGGCACUAAAUAGACCGCAAAGCAGCCAGAUCCUGGAGGAGCUGCUGAGCGAGGGCAUCAUCUCAGUUGGACAGAGCGGAGAGAAGAGCAGCGGGGCCGGAGAGGCCUACAGCAUCAUGCUUGAUGGUGGGGAAGAUGUCAAGCGAAGGCCUCCUGCCAGACUGGAGUCCCUGAAGGCCAAAAAAGCUGAAAGUCUGUACAGCAGAGAAGAGAUUGAGGAGAAGAUAAGACUGGCCGAAGAGAGACGCAAGCUAAAGGAAGACGAGCUCAAGACGCGUUUAAGAUCCAAGUCCGCGCGUGUUCGUGCCGCCGCUCCCACCUCCAGCACUGAGGAGGAUGAGGACUCACCUGUCACCCUUGUCGAGCCGCUACAAAUACCUGUCGGCCCCCACCCGACUCCAGCUCCACGCCUUCACGGCCAGCUCCCGCGCGAGGCUGCCGGCGGAGGAGGGGAGGAGGAGGGGGCGAGGGGGGCUGGAGGAGACAGCAGGGCGUCCGGGGAAGAAAUGGAGGGAGAGGACAAGAGGCAAGGGAGAAUGGAGGGAGGAGAGAGCGGAGACAACAGAGGGGAAGGUGCAGAGAGAGGGAGCGAGAAGGGGCAGGAGGAAGAGGAGGUGACGCGAGUGGAGGAGCUCCAGGAGGGGGAGCGCCUCACAUCCUCAGAGGAGCUGGAGAGUGAUUCUAGUUUUCAGCAGGCGGAGGACAAAGAGGAAACAUUUUAAACAAUCACAUGCAGUGAAUGAGCCAUUAAUCAGCACCUGGAGUAGGCAGAGAAGGGACAUUUUGUCAAGAUGUCUGUUUAAACCUGUAAAAAAAAAGAUAUAUAUAUAUAUAUAUAUAUAUAUAUAUAUAGCAGACAUGUAUAAAUGUUGUGUGAAGCGACUGUUUAAGCCAUGAUUGGACGUGCAGUUUAAAUUAGCCUGAUUUGAAAAUGAAUUGUUUGUUUUAAGUGGGUAAAAAGCACAAAGGAAUGUGAAAGUUUUCUAUUAAAUGGAAUGUAACUUACCUCAGUGAUUGCGUUGAUGAAUUUCAUGUUCUUGCCAAUAGAUUCAGUUUAUUCGUCGUUCAGCUAGUCCUCUUUAGUUGUGCAUGUGGGCGUGCAGUCGUUCAGUUGGACAUUAGAUGGCAGUGUUUCAGUGAGCUACAGCUGUGUGUCUCGGUGCUCUCUGAUUCAGGUCACCUCAUCUGUACCAUAAGCUAUAAGGGGGGCGACAUGUGGGGAAGUGCCUUGUUUGAAAUGAUGUUCUUGUAAAUCAAUAAAACUCCUUC